UGCAAAGGAUGGCUAUUUCCGUACAUCGGGGCUCUGUUUGAAAUUCCUCCCCCUCCGCCUUUGUUGUGCACAGUGAGGGGCGGGAAGACAAACAGGUCUACACGUAUAAAGAGAUCAUCCAAAGGACUUUUUUGAGUCAGGAGGCAUCCGAGCAUCGUGCCGAAACUGUCCGGGAAACUUUGGGAUAUCCGCACCGUUUGGACUUGGUCGCCUUUUAACAUUCAGCAGAAAAUAAGGGAUUUAUUUAUUUUUUUUCCUUUUUUCUAUGUAUGUAAAAGAAUUGAAGAGAAGUAUCAUGCAUAUGCCCAUAGCGCACCAGAUCUUGGCUGUGCAGCUCAUUCUGUUUGGAUACUGUGGAGACGUUUACGCGGGAGCAGUCCUGAAGAAUUCUAACGCGAUCAAAACCUUACCCGUUGCGGGCAAAGGUGCGGACACCGUCAGCCCAAGUCCGCGCACCUCACCGCCUGGUGGCACGGGACACAGAUCACCCACGGACACCUUGCAGCAGUCGGGCGUGUGCACAGAUGAUGAAGACUGCGGAGGUGAUGAAUUCUGCAACGACGCCAGGGGUGUUUGCCUGCCGUGCCGUAAGUGCCGGAAGCGCUGUGUGAGGGACUCGAUGUGUUGCGCAGGAAACCGCUGCAUCAAUGGCGUUUGUCAGGUAAAUGACAUUCAUAGCUCAGAUGUACCUGUCACCACUGGCUGGCAUAAACACAACAACACCAUGGAGCAUCAAGGAAAGAGGACACCCUCAGGCCCUGGCUUCCAACCUAACUCUGUCAAAGGCCAGGAAGGUGAUGCAUGUCUGAGAUCCACAGACUGCUCCGAGGGUCUGUGCUGUGCCAGGCACUUUUGGUCCCGCAUCUGCAAACCCGUGCUGACAGAGGGCCAGGUGUGCACGCGCCAUCGCAGGAAAGGCAACCACGGCUUGGAGCUGUUCCAGCGCUGCGACUGUGGUGACGGCCUGGUGUGCCGGCCGGAGAAAGGAGAGCGAGAUCACAGUGUCAGCAGGACUGCAGCCCGGAACCUACACACCUGUCAGAGACGCUGACACAAUCACGCGGACGCACACACCCAGAGAGACAUGAAAUAUACACCAUCACUCACUAGCGAGGACACACUUCAGUAAAUCAGUGUCAGACGCUGCAGACGCAGACAACUCUUCCUCUUCAGACCUUGUGCUCACCAAAGAUGCUGACGCACACUCAGAUGCACUCACACACAAGACACCCUACACCUGAGACAUUCUUUCCUGCCAAAUUUGCUGACAUCAACACAUCACCCGGAAGGAUGGACAUGAAUCUGGAAAAGUGAUACACCCGCAGGGACACACCAUUGUGAGACCAGCUUCUCCAAACCCCCAUCAACAGGUGAACAACCCGAAAUGAGGAAGAGACACUCCAGAAGGAUUCAGAAAAUUGAUUCAUGUAGUCAGUGGCAGAGCUGCUUUUGUUUCUCUUUUAUGGAACUUCAAGCCACUGUUAUUGCAGUAAAUUACUGUGGUGUAAAUAAUAUCCUGCAGGUGGCACUUACUUGUCCCAUUGAAUUACGUCAACACCAGUAUUAUAAAAGACAUGGUGCUGCAUGUUUUGUAAAUAUGUUAUAUAUGAAUAUAUUAAAGUAUAUUGUUUUAUAAGAAACUGUGUAAAGAAAUGUGAAUAUUUGUUUUAUUAAAUGUUUCAUGAUAA